AGAGCAGGUUCUUGGAUGCGGAAGGCUGGGCUCCUGAAGCUCAGGGGCCGAGGCGGCGAUGGGUGUCCUCCAGGAGUGGCUCGGGGUGGUCCUAGCGCUGACGACAUUCGCAGCCCAGCUUCGUCAUUCACAAGGUGCUUGUGUCUAUCACGGGUCCUUGGUGGCAGAUACCACAACUUGGAAGCCUGAUUCAUGCCAAAACUGUCGUUGCCAUGGUGAUAUGGUUAUCUGCAAACCUGUUGUUUGCAGGAACCCUCAGUGUGCCUUUGAGAAGGGAGAAGUGCUUCAGAUAGCUGCCAACCAGUGCUGCCCAGAGUGUGUCUCCAGGACUUCUGGAUCUUGCCACCAUGAGGAGCAGGUGCAUGAGCAUGGCACUGAGUGGGCCUCUUUCCCUUGUGGGAUGUGUUCUUGCAAUCAUGGAGAAGUGAGAUGCACCCAGCAGCCAUGCCCAGCAUUGUCGUGUGGAUAUCAGGAGCUGGAAUUCAUCCCCGAAGGAAGCUGCUGCCCAAUCUGUGUGGGCCCUGGAAAGGCCUGUUCCUAUGAAGGCCGUGUAUUUCAAGAUGGAGAAGACUGGAGACUGAGCCAGUGUGCCAAGUGUGUGUGCAGAAAUGGGCUUGCCCAGUGCUUCACAGUUCAGUGUCCACCUCUGUUUUGUAACCAGGAUGAAGCUGUGGUCCGGGUCCCUGGAAAAUGCUGCCCCCAGUGCUCUGCACGAUCCUGCCCUGUAGCUGGCCGAGUGUACAAGCAUGGUGAACAGUGGACUGAAGAUGUGUGUACCACAUGUACUUGUGACCAAGGAGAGCUCAGGUGUCACAAACAGACCUGCCCUCCACUAAGAUGCAAAAAGGGUCAGAGCCGGGGUCGGCGUCAUGGGCAAUGUUGUGAGGAAUGUGUGUCUCCUGCUGGAAGCUGCUCAUCCAGUGGGAUCGUGCGGUACCAGGAUGAAAUGUGGAAGCGCUCAGCCUGUGAGUUCUGCAUGUGCGACCAUGGCCAGGUGACCUGCCAGACUGUAGAGUGUGCCAAGGUGGAGUGUGCCCGGGGUGAAGAACUAAUUCAUCUAGAUGGAAAAUGCUGUCCUGAAUGCAUUUCAAGCAAUGGUUAUUGUGUUUACGAAGAAAAGGCAACAUUUUUGUCCUCAAAUGCAAGUGAAAUUAAACAUAUUCUGGAGGGCGAGGAGUGGGAAGAUGGACCUUGCAAGGUGUGUGAGUGCCGGAGUGCUCAAGUCACUUGCUACCAGCCCUCUUGUCCUCCAUGUCCAGUGGCCACCUUAGCCUUGGUGGUGAAAGGGCAGUGCUGCCCAGAGUGCACCGCAGUUCAUUGCCACCCAGACUGUUUGACCUGCUCCCACUCUCCAGAGCACUGUGACCUCUGUCAGGAUCCUACAAAGCUGCUACAAAAUGGACGAUGUGUACACAGCUGUGGUCUGGGAUUUUACCAAGCGGGCAGCCUCUGCUUAGCCUGCCAGCCUCAGUGCUCUGUGUGCACCAGUGGCCUGGAGUGCUCAUCUUGCCAGCCUCCCCUGCUGAUGCAGCGCGGGCAGUGUGUUCCCACCUGUGGGGACGGCUUCUAUCAAGAUCGCCACACGUGUGCAGUCUGUCACGAGUCCUGUGCAGGCUGCUGGGGUCCCACGGAGAAGCACUGCCUAGCCUGCAGAGAUCCCCUGCAAGUCCUGAGAGAUGGCAGCUGUGAGAGCACCUGUGGCGAUGGCUUCUACAACAGGCAGGGAACUUGUAUUGCUUGUGACCAGUCUUGUAAGAGUUGUGGCCCCAGUACUUCCAGAUGUCUCACCUGCACUGAGAAUACAGUGUUGCAUGAUGGGAAAUGCAUUUCGGAAUGCCCCACAGGGUACUAUGCUGCUGCCACUGGCCGAUGCAAAGUUUGUCACAACUCAUGUGCCCGCUGCUCUGGACCUGCAGCUUCGCACUGUACCGCCUGCAUCCACCCCCAGGUUCUGCACGAGGGGUACUGUCUGCCCAGCUGUGGAGAAGGCUUCUAUCCUCACUAUGGAGUCUGCAAAGCUUGUCAUGCCUCCUGCCAGACUUGUGUGGGUCCUGAGCCCUCUCACUGUACCACAUGUAGAAAGCCAGAGGCAGCACUGCAGGUGGACCACAGUUCUCGCGCAGACGUGCCCUCUGGCCAUUGUCUAUCCCACUGUAAAGCCCGCUUCUACCUGGAAAGCACUGGACUAUGUGAACCUUGCCACCAGUCCUGUCUCAUGUGUUCAGGAAAGAGCUCCCAAAACUGCACAGUCUGCCAGUCUUCUCAUGUACUUUUGGAUGGGCUAUGUUUCUCUCAGUGCCCCGAGGGCUACUUUAACCAGGAAGGUAGUUGCACAGAAUGCCACCCAACCUGUAGACAGUGCAAUGGGCCACUGGAAUCUGACUGUCUCUCCUGUCACCCUCAUGUCACUCUUUCCAGUGGGCACUGCAAGACCAGCUGUAAGGAGGAGCAGUUCCUCAACCUUGUGGGGUACUGUGCUGAUUGCCAUCCUCUGUGUCAGCUGUGCACAGCUGAUCUGCAUGACACUGGCAGCAUCUGCCUGAGGUGCCAGAACGCCCGCCACCUGCUGUUCAGGGACCACUGUGUUCCCCACUGCCCCUCUGGACACUAUGCAGAGAGGGGAGCUUGUAAAAGAUGCCACCCCUCCUGCAGAACAUGCCAGGGUGGAGGCCCUUUCUCCUGCUCCUCAUGUGACGUCAGCCUUGUUCUGACCCACACUGGGACCUGCAGCAUCACCUGCUCCCCUGGGCAUUACCUUGAUGACAACCGCAUUUGCCAGCCAUGCAGCCCACACUGUAGAAGCUGUGAUUCACAGGCCAGCUGUACCUCCUGCCGAGACCCAAGCAAGGUCCUGCUCUUCGGGGAUUGCCAGUAUGAGAGCUGUGCCCCACAGUACUAUCUAGACAUCUCCACAAAGACCUGCAGAGAGUGUGACUGGAGUUGCAAUGCGUGUAGUGGGCCUCUAAGAACAGACUGUCUGCAGUGCAUGGAUGGCUACGUUCUCCAGGAUGGUGUCUGUAUGGAGCAGUGUUCACCAUCUUUCUACAAGGAUGCAGGCCUCUGCAAGAACUGUGACAGCCAUUGUCUGCAGUGCCAAGGUCUCCAUGAAUGCACCCGCUGUGAAGGACCAUUUCUCCUCUUGGAAGCCCAGUGUGUCCAGGAAUGUGGCAAGGGGUACUUUGCAGAUCAUACAAAGCACAAAUGCACAGCCUGCCCUAGGGGGUGCCUGCAGUGCAGCCACAGGAACCGUUGUCAUCUCUGUGACCAUGGAUUUGUUCUGAAGAAUGGCCUCUGUGUUUCCAGCUGUGUUCCUGGCUUCUCUGCCCAUGCAACUAAUGAAACAUGUAUAGGCAAAAUACACACCCCCAGUCUUCACGUGAAUGGUUCCUUGACCCUUGCAAUUGGCUCAAUGAAGCCUCUGGACUUUUCUCUCCUGAACAUCCAACACCAGGAUGGCAGAGUAGAGGAUCUCUUGUUCCAUGUGGUGAGCACUCCCACCAAUGGUCAGCUGGUACUCUCAAGAAAUGGCAAAGAAGUUCAGCUGGACAAGGCUGGCCAUUUUAGCUGGAAAGAUGUGAAUGAGAAGAAAGUGCGGUUUGUACACAGCAAAGAGAAACUCAGGAAAGGUUACUUUUCCUUGAAAAUCAGUGACCAGCAGUUCUUUUCUGAGCCACAGAUGAUCAACAUACUGGCAUUUUCAACACAGGCUCCUUAUGUGCUAAGAAAUGAAGUUCUCCACAUUAAAAGAGGAGAGCAAGGAACCAUCACCACCCAGCUGCUUGACAUCCGCGAUGAUGACAAUCCACAAGAUGUGAUCGUUGAAGUGCUAACGCCUCCACUUCAUGGCCAGUUGCUCCAAACAUUGCCAACCCCUGCAGCUCCUAUCUAUCAAUUCCGACUAGAUGAGCUCUCCAGAGGCCUUCUUCUCUAUGCUCAUGAUGGCUCGGAGAGCACGUCUGAUGUUGCAGUCUUACAGGUCAAUGAUGGACACUCCUUCCAAAAUAUUCUCUUCCAUGUGAAGACUGUGCCCAAGAAUGAUGGAUCUCUUCGGCUCAUGGCAGAUUCAAUGGUGUGGGUUCCAGAAGGGGGGAUGCUGCAGAUUACCAACAGAAUCUUGCAGGCAGAAGCACCAGGUGCCCGAACUGAAGAUAUCAUCUACAAGAUUACUCAGGAUCGUCCCCAGUUUGGGGAGGUGGUCCUUCUGAUGAAUUUGCCUGCGGACAGUCCUGCCAGUGGAGGACAGCACCUGCCUGAUGGCAGGACUGUGACCCCCACCAGCACCUUCACCCAGCAAGACAUUGAUGAAGGCAUCGUGUGGUACAGGCACUCAGGAGCCCCAGCCCAGAGUGACUCCUUCCGCUUCCAGGUGUCCAGGGUCACAGAUGCCCAGGCCCAUCCCCAGAGCCGCUUGUUCAACAUAGCCAUCUUACCGCAGACACCAGAGGCUCCUAAGCUCUCCCUGGGAACUUCUCUCCACAUGACCGCUCGGGAAGAUGGCCUAACUGUCAUUCAGCCUCAUUCUUUGUCCUUUGUGAACGCUGAGCAGCCUGCUGGAAAGAUUACAUACAAUAUCACUCUACCUCUACAUCCAAGUCAAGGUAUCAUCGAGCACAGGGAUCAGCCUCACUCUCCUAUCCAGUAUUUCACACAGGAAGAUGUUAACCAGGGCAAAAUCCUGUACCGCCCUCCUUCUGCAGCCCCCCACCUCCAAGAGAUUAUGGCCUUCUCCUUUGCUGGUCUCCCAGAAUCAGUAAAAUUCCACUUCACAGUUUCUGACGGACAGCACACAAGUCCACAGAUGGCUCUCACCAUCCAUUUACUUCCCACGGAUAGGCAGCCACCAGCAUUUCAGGUCACAACUCCCGUGCUCAAGGUCAGCCCAGGAGGCCGCACUUCUGUAGGCCUGCAAAUGGUAGGAAGAGGUGCUGAGACAGCCCUGACAGAAUUCUUCUUUGAACUUCAGAAACCUCCAAAGCAUGGUGUGCUGGUUAAGCACACAGCUGAGGUCGAAGCGCCCAUGGCUGCAGGUGACACUUUCACAUAUGAUGAUAUUGAGAAAAAUGCUCUGCAGUACAUUCACGAUGGCUCCUCUGCUCAGGAGGACAGCAUGGAGAUCUCAGUCACAGAUGGCCUCACAGUGAUGACAUCAGAAGUGAGAGUCCAGGUGUCUCUGCCUGAGGACCAAGGGCCUCAGCUGGCUGCUGGUUCCUCUCUGAACAUUACUGUUGGCAGUCAAAGCACAGCCAUAAUCACCAGGUCACACCUUGCUUAUGUGGAUGAUUCAUCCCCUGACUCCGCCAUCUGGAUUCAGUUAAGUUCUUUGCCAAUGUAUGGUGCUCUUUCAAGAAUCUCAGGAUCUGAGGUGGAGGAACUCUCAGAGUUUUCUAAUUUCACAAUGGAAGACAUCAACAAGAAUAAUAUUAGAUACUCAGCUGUUUUUGAGACGGAUGGUCAUCUGGUCACUGAUAGCUUUCGCUUCUCUGUUUCUGACAUGGACCACAACCAUCUGGACGAUCAAAUAUUUACCAUCACAGUCACUCCUGUCAAGAAUCCACCUCCAGUCAUUGCUUUUGCUGAUCUUAUCACGGUGGAUGAGGGAGGCAGAGCCCCACUCUCCUUCCACCAUUUUUUUGCUACUGAUGAUCAUGACAACCUCCACAGAGAUGCCAUCAUUAAACUAAGUGUUCUUCCCAAAUAUGGCUGCAUUGAGAACACAGGAACAGGUGAUCGCUUUGGCCCUGGGACUACUGGUGACCUCGAAGCAUCAUUCCUUAUUCAAGAUGUUCUGGAAAAUUACAUUUACUACUUCCAGAGUGUCCAUGAAAGCAUCGAGCCAACCCAUGAUAUAUUUAGUUUUUAUGUAAGCGAUGGAACCACUCGUUCAGAAAUUCAUAGCAUCAAUAUCACCAUCGAGAGGAAGAACGAUGAACCUCCCAGGAUGACCUUGCGACCCCUUGGAGUACAGCUGAGCUCUGGAGUGAUGCUAAGCAAUUCUUCUCUGAGCCUGCAUGAUCUGGACACUCCAGAUAAUGAGCUGAUUUUUGUAUUGACAAAAGAGCCUGACCACGGUCAUCUUCUGCGAAGAUUUACUGCUUCUGAGCCUCUGGAGAAUGGGACCAUUUUAUCCCAGGGCUCCUCCUUCACUUACCAGGAUGUCCUAGCUGGCCUGGUUGGGUAUCUGCCUGGCGACCCUGGUGUGGCAGUGGAUGAGUUCCGGUUUUCUCUUUCUGAUGGCUUCCAUGUGGACACAGGGAGAAUGGAGAUCUACAUAGAACUGCCUACAAGUGACACCCCCCACCUGGCUGUAAACCGAGGGCUUCAUCUCUCCGCAGGGUCGGUAGCACGCAUCACAGAACAGCACUUGAAAGUGAUCACCAUCGGCUCCGAUGGCCGUCAGGUUAUGUACAUCAUGAAGGAAGAUCCUGGUGCAGGUCACCUGCAGAUGGUUAAGCAUGACAAUCUGGAGCAAAUCUCUGUGAAAGGCCCUCUCCGAAGUUUCACCCAGGCGGACAUCAGCCAAGGGCAAGUAGAAUAUAGUCAUGGAACAGGAGAACCUGAUGGGAGCUUUGCUUUUAAAUUUGAUGUGGUUGAUGGAGAAGGGAACAGAUUGCUCGAUCAGUCAUUUUCCAUCAGUGUUUCAGAAGACAAAUCCCCACCAGUCAUCAUCACCAAUAAAGGGCUGGUCUUGGAUGAAAACUCAGUGAAGAAAAUCACCACCCAGCAACUCUCAGCCACUGACCAGGAGAGUGGGCCCACAGGACUGACCUACAGAAUCACCACACAGCCCCAGCUGGGCCACCUGGAGCAUGCGGCUUCCCCAGGCAUCCAGAUUAGUUCCUUCACUCAGGCUGACCUGACUUCACAUAAUGUUCAAUAUGUCCAUACUAGUGAGAUGGAGACCCACGCAGACGCCUUCAGCUUUGUGCUGUCUGAUGGAGUUCAUGAGGUGACCCAGACCUUCCACAUCAACCUUCACCCUCUGGAUGAUUCACUGCCCGUCUUGCACAACCGGGGGAUGCGGGUGCAGGAGGGCGUGAGGAAGACUAUCACUGAGUUUGAGCUCAAGGCGCUGGAUGCAGACACAGAGGCGGACUCCAUCACAUUCACCAUCCUGCAGCCCCCGCGCCAUGGCACCAUCGACAGAACCACCAGGGGGCACCAUUUCCAUCUCACCUCCACCUUCACCAUGGAAGACAUCUUUCAGAACCGAGUCAGCUACAGCCAUGAUGGCAGCAACACCCUCAAAGACUGGUUCACUUUCACAGUGUCUGAUGGGACCAACCCCUUCUUCAUCACUGAGGAAGGAGGAAAAGAGUAUCUCCCACAGAUUACGACUGCAGCACCUCAGCAGUUCCAAGUGGACAUCCUCCCGGUCGAUGAUGGCACCCCUAGGAUUGUCACCAACAUGGGGCUCCAAUGGCUGGAGUAUAUGGAUGGCAAGGCAACCAACCUGAUCACCAAGAAGGAACUGCUGACCGUGGACCCUGACACGGAUGACCUGCAUCUUGUCUAUGAGAUCACUGGGGGCCCCAGGCAUGGCUACGUGGAGAACAAGCUGCAGCCUGGCAGAGCCGCCGCCACAUUCACCCAGGAGGAUGUCAACUUGGGGUUGAUUCGUUACGUGCUGCAUGAGGAGAGGAUCCAAGAGAUGAUGGAUAGCUUUCAGUUUCUGGUGAAAGAUAGUAAACCCAAUCUGGUCAUCGACAAUGUCUUCCAUAUUCAGUGGUCCCUCAUCAGCUUUAAGUAUACCAGCUAUAAUGUCAGUGAGAAGGCGGGGUCUGUCAGCGUCACCGUACAGAGGACGGGGAACCUGAACCAAUAUGCCAUCAUCCUGUGUCGCACUGAGCAGGGCACAGCCAGCUCCCAGCCUGGACAGCAAGACUACGUGGAGUAUGCUGGCCAGGUGCAGUUUGAUGAGCGAGAGGACACCAAGUCGUGCACCAUUGUCAUCAAUGAUGACGACGUGUUUGAGAACAUUGAGAGCUUCACUGUGGAGCUCAGCAUGCCAGCAUAUGCCUUAUUAGGAGAGUUUACCCAGGCGAAGGUCAACAUCAAUGACACUGAGGAUGAACCCACAUUAGAGUUUGAUAAGAAGAUCUACCAGGUCAAUGAGAGUGCUGGUUUUCUAUUUGCAUCUGUUGAAAGAAAAGGAGAUUCAAGCAGCGUUGUAUCUGCAGUUUGCUACACCAUCCCGAAGUCAGCUAUGGGAAGUAGCCUUUAUGCUCUAGAAUCAGGCUCUGACUUUAAAUCCCGAGGGAGAUCUGCAGAGAGCCGUGUGAUAUUUGGGCCUGGUGUCACCACAUCUACUUGUGAUGUCAUGGUCAUUGAUGACAGCGAGUAUGAAGAGGAGGAAGAGUUUGAGAUUGCCCUGGCUGAUGCUUCUAACAGUGCUCGCAUCGGAAGGGUGGCGUUGGCCAAGGUGCUCAUCAGUGGUCCAAACGAUGCUUCCACCAUCUCCCUGGGGAACACAGCUUUCACUGUCAGCGAGGAUGCAGGCACAGUGAAGAUUCCAGUGAUCCGCCAUGGCACUGACCUUUCUACUUUCACAUCUGUCUGGUGUGCAACGCGGCCCUCAGACCCUGCCUCCGCCACCCCAGGAGUUGACUAUGUUCCCAGCUCUAGGAAGGUGGAAUUUGGGCCUGGAAUCACUGAGCAGUAUUGUGCCUUAACUAUCUUGGAUGACAUUCAGUAUCCGGUGAUUGAAGGACUGGAGACAUUUGUCGUUUUCCUCAGCUCAGCGCAAGGGGCCGAACUGACCAAACCUUUCCAGGCUGUCAUCGCAAUCAAUGACACAUUCCAAGAUGUACCCAGCAUGCAGUUUGCCAAGGAGUUGCUCCUGGUGAAGGAGAAGGAGGGUGUGCUGCAUGUGCCUAUCAUCCGCAGCGGGGACCUGAGCUACCAGUCAUCGGUGAGGUGCUACACGCAGAGCCAUUCCGCCCAGGUCAUGGAGGACUUUGAGGAGAGAAGAAAUGCAGACUCUUCACGGAUUACAUUUCUGAAAGGGGAGAAGGUGAAGAAUUGCACAGUCUAUGUCCAUGAUGACUCCAUGUUUGAACCAGAUGAGCAGUUCAGGGUCUACCUUGGUCAUCCCCUUGGAACCCACUGGAGUGGAGCUCGAGUUGGAAAAAAUAACGUGGCCACCAUCACCAUAUCCAACGAUGAAGAUGCACCCACCAUUGAGUUUGAAGAAGCUGCCUACCAAGUUCGGGAGCCGGCAGGGCCAGAUGCCAUCGCCAUUCUGAACAUCAAGGUGAUCCGCAGAGGGGAUCAGAACAGGACCUCCAGGAUCCGCUGCAGUACUCGGGAUGGCUCUGCCCAGUCCGGUGUGGACUACUACCCAAAGAGCCGAGUCUUGAAAUUCAGUCCUGGUGUGGACCAUAUCUUUUUUAAAGUGGAGAUCUUAUCCAAUGAAGACCGUGAAUGGCACGAGUCUUUCUCUCUAGUCCUUGGCCCAGAUGACCCAGUGGAAGCAGUGCUUGGGGAUGUAACCACUGCUACAGUGACAAUUCUAGACCAAGAGGCAGCAGGAAGCCUCAUAUUGCCAGCACCGCCCAUUGUUGUCACACUGGCUGACUAUGACCAUGUGGAAGAGGUUAGCAAGGAAGGAGUCAAGAAGGCCCCCUCUCCAGGCUACCCACUGGUCUGUGUCACGCCCUGUGACCCCCACUUCCCCAGGUAUACUGUCAUGAAGGAGCGUUGCAGUGAGGCCGGUAUCAACCAGAGCUCUGUGCAAUUCAGCUGGGAAGUGGCCUCCCCCACGGAUGGCAAUGGAGCCCGGUCUCCCUUUGAGACCAUCUCAGACAACACACCGUUCACCAGUGUGAACCACAUGGUUCUAGAUAGCAUUUACUUCAGUCGGAGGUUCCAUGUGCGUUGUGUGGCCAAGGCUGUGGACAAAGUGGGCCAUGCAGGGACCCCUUUACGGAGCAACAUUGUCACCAUUGGAACAGACAGUGCUAUCUGCCACACCCCAGUGGUGGCUGGGACAGCAAGAGGCUUCCAGGCCCAGUCCUUCAUUGCAACCUUGAAAUACCUGGAUGUCAAACACAAGGAGCAUCCAAACAGAAUACACAUUUCAGUGCAAAUCCCACACCAAGAUGGAAUGCUGCCUUUGAUUUCUACCAUGCCACUGCACAACCUGCAUUUCCUAUUGUCAGAGUCAAUCUACAGACAUCAGCACGUCUGCUCCAAUUUAGUCACCACCCAGGACCUGCGAGGCAUCUCAGAGGCAGGGUUCCUGGACGAUGUGGUCUACGACAACACUGCCCUGGGGCCUGGCUAUGACCGCCCCUUCCAGUUUGACCCCACUGUGCGAGAGCCAAAGACCAUCCAGCUCUACAAACACCUGAACCUGAAGAGCUGCGUUUGGACCUUUGAUGCCUAUUAUGACAUGACAGAGUUGAUCGAUGUCUGCGGAGGCUCAGUGACUGCAGACUUCCAGGUGAGGGAUUCCGCUCAGUCCUUCUUGACGGUACAUGUGCCUCUGUAUGUGUCCUACAUCUAUGUGACAGCCCCCAGGGGCUGGGCCUCCUUGGAACAUCACACUGAGAUGGAAUUCUCCUUCUUCUAUGAUACAGUUCUCUGGAGAACAGGGAUCCAGACAGACAGUGUGCUCUCUGCAAGACUCCAGAUAAUAAGAAUCUACAUUCGGGAGGAUGGUCGUCUCGUUAUUGAAUUCAAAACCCAUGCCAAAUUCCGAGGACAGUUUGUGAUGGAGCACCACACUCUCCCUGAUGUGAAAUCAUUCAUACUGACUCCAGAUCACCUAGGAGGAAUUGAAUUUGACCUCCAGCUCCUGUGGAGUGCGCAGACUUUUGAUUCACCCUACCAACUGUGGAGAGCCACAAGCUCUUAUAAUAGAAAGGACUACUCGGGGGAGUACACCAUCUACCUGAUCCCUUGCACAGUGCAGCCCACCCAGCCAUGGGUGGACCCAGGAGAGAAGCCUUUGGCCUGCACUGCCCACGCCCCAGAAAGGUUCCUGAUACCCAUCGCAUUCCAGCAGACCAACCGUCCAGUGCCUGUUGUGUAUUCACUCAAUACUGAGUUUCAGCUCUGCAACAAUGAGAAGGUGUUCCUGAUGGACCCCAACACAUCUGAUAUGUCAUUGGCAGAGAUGGAUUACAAAGGAGCCUUUUCAAAAGGUCAAAUCCUAUAUGGCCGAGUCCUUUGGAAUCCAGAACAAAACCUCAAUUCUGCUUAUAAACUCCAGCUGGAGAAAGUCUAUCUGUGUACUGGCAAGGAUGGCUACGUGCCUUUCUUUGAUCCUACAGGGACCAUCUACAAUGAAGGGCCUCAGUAUGGAUGCAUUCAACCCAACAAGCAUCUGAAGCACAGAUUCCUACUGCUGGACCGCAGUCAGCCAGAGGCCACAGCUAAGUACUUCCAUGACGUGCCUUUUGAUGCUCACUUUGCUUCUGAGUUGCCAGAUUUCCAUGUGGUGAGCAGCAUGCCAGGUGUGGAUGGAUUUACUCUGAAAGUAGAUGCUCUCUACAAGGUGGAAGCAGGACACCAAUGGUAUCUCCAGGUGAUCUACAUCAUUGGCCCUGACACCAUCUCAGGGCCCCGGGUCCAGCGUUCUCUCACAGCUUCUUUGAGGCGCCACCAAAGGGACCUUGCAGAACCCAGUGGCUGGCUGACUCUUGAUGAUUCCCUCAUCUAUGACAAUGAAGGGGACCAAGUCAAGAACGGCACCAAUAUGAAAUCCCUGAAUCUGGAGAUGCAGGAGCCAGUUGUAGCUGCUUCUCUGUCUCAAACUGGGGCAUCAAUUGGCAGCGCCCUGGCUGCCAUCAUGCUUCUAGUUCUGGUGUUUUUGGUAGCUUGUUUCAUCACCAGGAAAUGCCAGAAGCAGAAGAAGAAGCAGCCCCUGGAGGACACUUUGGAGGAAUACCCUCUGAAUACCAAGGUGGACAUGCCCAAGAGGAGCCAGGAUAGGGUGGAGAAGAAUGUGAACAGACAGUACUGCACUGUGCGUAAUGUCAAUAUACUCAGUGACAGCGAGGAAUCUUAUAUGUUCAAAGGUGCUAAAGUAAAAAAAAUGAAUCUGGAGGUCAGAGUCCACAACAAUUUACAAGAUGGAACAGAAGUUUAAUGGAGGGAGGCCUAAGUGUAUUUUUUUCUAAAAUCAUUUUUAUACAUUGCGGGGAAAUACUGGUAUUUUUAUAAUCUUGCAGAUAAAAAGGGAAAACUAUAGCUUUGAGUGGCAGAUCGCACACAUUACAUGCAUCAACUUACAACUGAGCUACCUCAUGCACAAAGAACCACUGAGACCCCCAGACUACUGGAGUAGUUAUGUCUGUGGAUCCCUUUAAUAGGCUCAGCAGUUACAAGAGCUCCUCUAGAAAGCUGACCAUAGAAAACAAGUAUCUUAGGCUGAGGACAGGAGCUGGACAAUGAGGACAGGAGCUGGACAGUUAGGCCAGCCCAUUAUACUCAGAAUGCGAGUGGAUCAUAGUGGAUCGCUGAGUCAGUGACAGCAGUGCUGGGCCUGUGCUUUCCUUCCCUGUCCCAGCUUUCUUCUACUUGGGCUUCUCCUAGACCUAGGGACAGCGGAGUAUGAAUUGCUCACGCUCCAACCCCAUUAACCAUCCUGCUAUUUGGCACAACUUAAUGCAUUUGCACAUCAUUUCUGCCUGUCUGAAUGUGUGCCACAGCCUCUAGUAUACCUAGCUCUUCCAGAGCCCUUUUUCACCAAGA